AAAAUACAUCUCGUUUCACACCAUAGAUAAGAACCCACAUCACACUACACGCACCUCUCCCAUUUUCAAUUCACAUUUUCCUUCUUCUUUGUUCUUUCCAUCAUCUUCAUAUUUCUCACCGCCUCUCUUCUUCCUCCUCCUCCUCCUCAUCAUAGAUUUUUUCAUUCACACCUUCAUCAUCAUGUAUGAAACGAAACCUUGUUAAAUUAGUAGCAUGUAACACUUGCAACCUUCACUACUUAUUAUCGCAUAUAUAUUACAAGUGUAACGUUUCAACUUAUCUUUUGAAACAUGUCUUCUUCUUUUUCACCUUCUUGGUUAACUUCUCCUUCAUGUUCCGCUUUGGACAUAGAUUCAUCUUCCCCUACUGCGUUACUCAUAGUUCAGUGGUUGAGGUUUAUUCUUCUAUCUCCAUGUCCACAAAGAGUUCUUCUUUCUGCUGUUGAUUCAAUCUUCUUGCUCUCUCUCUUAGCCUUUGCAGCAGUUAAACUCUAUUCCCGAUUCACUUCUAACACCACCUCCAACAACACCAUCACCAAACCCCUUCUGCAAGAGAAAGACUCUGACUACAAAGUCACCUUCUGGUUCAAACUACCCCUCUUGGUAACUACCCUUUUGGCCAUAGCUUACACUGUUCUAAGCAUCUUGGCCUUCACUCAAACGAGCCUCUCGUCAUGGAAACUCAUAGAGGCUCUUUUUCGCCUCUUUCAGGCGGCGUCCAACAUAGUGGUGGCGAUCCUAAUGGCUCAUGAGAAGAAGUUCAAAGCUUCCAAGCACCCUUUGUCGCUGAGAAUCUAUUGGAUUGCGAACUUGAUGGUUUCGUGCUUGUUCGCCACCUCGGCCAUUGUUCGAUUGAUAACCAUCGAUGUAGCGAAAGUUGAGCUUUGUUUGAGGGUGGACGACGUGUUCUCGUUGGUUAACCUUCCACUUUCUGCGUUCCUUUUCCUAGUAGCAAUGAAAGGGUCAACCGGGAUUCAAGUGAUCAGAAUUUCUGAUGUAGUGACAACAUAUCAGUCCCUUUACAGUGACAGAACUUUGAGCCCUUAUGCAUAUUCUUCGUUCUUCUCCAAAACAGUGUGGCUUUGGAUGAACCCUUUGCUGAAUAAAGGGUACCAAACACCCCUCAAGCUUGAAGAUGUGCCUUCACUUCCUAUUGAUUUCAGAGCAGAGAAAAUGUCAGAGCUUUUCCAUAGAAAUUGGCCAAAGCCAGAGGAAAACAGCAAGCACCCGGUUGGACUAACCUUGUUCAGAUGCUUCUGGAAGCACAUAGCCUUCACUGGCUUCCUUGCAAUUAUAAGGCUUGGAGUUAUGUACAUUGGUCCAAUGCUUAUUCAGAGUUUCGUUGAUUUCACUUCAAGAAAAGACAGCACCCCCUAUGAAGGCCUUGUUCUGAUACUGGUCCUGUAUUUGGCAAAAUCAACCGAAGUCCUCUCUGUGCACCAAUUCAAUUUCCACUCUCAGAAGCUCGGCAUGCUCAUUCGUUCCAGCCUAAUCACUUCUAUCUACAAAAAAGGUCUGAGAUUGUCGAGCUCUUCAAGGCAGGCUCACGGGACCGGACAGAUUGUGAACCACAUGUCUGUUGACGCACAACAGCUCGCGGAUUUGAUGAUGCAGUUUCACCCCAUAUGGCUCAUGCCCCUGCAGGUAACUACAGCUCUGGUCCUUAUCUACAGCAACAUUGGCGUGUCGGCUUUCGCGGCGCUGCUUGGAUCGAGUAUUGUGUUUGUUUUCACUCUCUUCCGGACAAAGAGAACCAACAGCUUUCAGUUUAUGAUAAUGAAGAGCCGUGACUUGAGGAUGAAGGCAACUAAUGAAUUGUUGAACAACAUGCGUGUCAUCAAGUUUCAAGCCUGGGAGGAGUACUUUGGCAACAAGAUUGGCAAGUUUCGCGAAGCGGAACAUGGUUGGAUUGGGAAAUUCUUGUACUACUUUGCUGUUAACAUGGGGGUUCUGAGCUCUGCUCCGUUGUUGGUAACUGUUCUCACGUUUGGAAGUGCUACUCUUCUUGGUGUUCCUCUGAAUGCUGGCACUGUAUUUACAAUCACUUCAGUCAUCAAGAUUCUGCAGGAGCCCGUGAGGACCUUCCCUCAGGCUCUCAUCGUCAUUUCGCAGGCGAUGAUUUCUCUCGGGAGGCUGGAUGAGUUCUUGAUGAGCAAGGAAAUGGAUGAGGGAGCAGUGGAGAGAGUCGAGGGCUGCAACGGCAGCGACACGGCCGUGGAGAUCAAGGAUGGCGAAUUCUCGUGGGACGAUGUAGAUGGGAAUGCGGCUCUGAGAGUUGAAGAGAUGGAAAUCAAGAAAGGGGACCAUGCUGCUGUUGUGGGAGCUGUUGGCUCUGGCAAGUCUUCCUUGUUGGCUUCUGUGUUGGGGGAAAUGUUCAAGAUAUCAGGAAAGGUCAGAGUUUGUGGGUCAAUAGCCUAUGUAGCCCAGACAUCAUGGAUUCAGAAUGCAACCAUCCAAGACAACAUAUUGUUUGGUUUACCAAUGAACAGAGAGAAGUACAGGGAAGCCAUAAGAGUGUGCUGCUUGGAAAAGGAUCUUGAAAUGAUGGAACAUGGAGACCAGACUGAGAUUGGAGAAAGGGGUAUUAAUCUCAGUGGUGGCCAGAAGCAACGUGUACAACUUGCUAGAGCUGUGUACCAAGACUCUGACAUCUAUCUCCUUGAUGAUGUAUUCAGUGCUGUUGAUGCACAAACUGGAUCAUUUAUUUUUAAGGAAUGUAUUAUGGGAGCUCUCAAAAAUAAGACCAUAAUACUUGUAACCCACCAAGUGGACUUCUUGCAUAAUGUUGACUGUAUAAUGGUAAUGCGAGAAGGGAAAAUCGUGCAAAGUGGCAAGUAUGAUGAACUUCUCAAAGCAGGCUUGGAUUUUGGUGCACUUGUGGCUGCUCACGAAUCCUCUAUGGAGAUUGCAGAGUCUAGUGAUAGAGUUGGUGAAGAUUCUGCUGAGUCUCCAAAACUUGCUCGGAUCCCUUCAAAAGAAAAGGAAAACGUGGGCGAAAAGCAACCUCAAGAAGAAUCCAAGUCAGAUAAGGCUUCAGCAAAGCUCAUUGAAGACGAAGAAAGGGAAACCGGUCGUGUGGACCUCAAAGUGUAUAAACACUAUUUCACUGAAGCAUUUGGGUGGUGGGGUGUUGCACUGAUGCUGGCAAUGUCUCUAGCAUGGAUUUUAUCCUUCUUGGCUGGUGACUACUGGCUAGCAAUUGGAACUGCAGAAGAUAGUGCCUUUCCUCCUUCUACAUUCAUCAUUGUCUAUGCUUGCAUAGCAGGUCUUGUAUGUACUGUGGUGAUGAUCAGAUCAGUCUUAUUUACAUAUUGGGGUCUAAAGACAUCUCAAAGCUUCUUCAGUGGAAUGCUUGAAAGCAUCUUGCAUGCACCAAUGUCAUUCUUUGACACAACUCCCUCUGGCAGAAUUUUGAGUCGUGUAUCUACUGAUAUACUUUGGGUUGAUAUCUCAAUUCCAAUGUUGGUGAACUUCGUCAUGGUUGCUUACUUCUCAGUAACCAGCAUCCUCAUUGUAACAUGCCAAAAUGCUUGGGAAACGGUCUUCCUCUUAAUCCCACUGUUCUGGCUGAAUAACUGGUAUCGGAAAUAUUACCUUGCAUCUUCUCGGGAAUUGACUCGCCUUGAUUCCAUCACCAAAGCUCCUGUGAUUCACCAUUUUUCAGAAACCAUUGCUGGUGUUAUGACCAUACGCGGCUUCAGAAAGCAGAACGCAUUUUGUCAAGAAAAUAUUGACAAAGUGAAUGCUAGUCUGAGAAUGGAUUUCCACAACAACGGUGCUAAUGAAUGGCUUGGUUUUCGCUUGGACUAUAUGGGAGUGAUUUUCCUUUGCUUUGCCACUAUUUUUAUGAUCUUUCUGCCAAGUGCUAUUAUUAAGCCAGAAUAUGUUGGUUUGUCUUUGUCCUAUGGCCUGGCUCUCAGUAGUCUCUUGGCAUUUACCAUAAGCAUGACUUGUUCUGUUGAGAACAAAAUGGUUUCAGUUGAGAGAAUAAAGCAGUUCUCCAGCCUUCCCUCAGAAGCUCCAUGGAAAAUUGCUGACAAAACUCCUCCUCAGAAUUGGCCCAGUCAAGGCAUUAUUGAGUUAACCAAUUUGCAGGUUCGGUAUCGACCAAAUACUCCUCUGGUUCUCAAGGGAAUCUCUCUCACCAUUGAAGCAGGAGAAAAGAUUGGUGUUGUUGGUCGUACAGGAAGUGGGAAAUCAACCCUCAUUCAGGUGUUAUUUAGGUUGAUUGAGCCUUCAGCUGGGAAAAUAACUGUUGAUGGAAUCAACAUUUGCACCCUGGGCCUUCAUGAUGUGAGGUCUAGAUUUGGAAUUAUUCCUCAAGAGCCUGUCCUCUUUCAAGGAACAGUACGAAGCAACAUUGACCCCCUUGGACUGUAUUCAGAGGAAGAAAUUUGGAAGAGUCUUGAGCGCUGCCAACUGAAAGAUGUGGUGGCUGCAAAGCCAGAGAAACUUGAGGCUCCAGUGGUUGAUGGUGGAGACAAUUGGAGUGUGGGGCAAAGACAGCUUCUUUGCUUGGGAAGGAUCAUGCUAAAAAGCAGCAAAAUAUUGUUCAUGGAUGAGGCAACAGCAUCCGUUGAUUCGCAAACUGACGCUGUGAUACAAAAGAUCAUCCGUGAGGACUUUGCGGAUCGUACAAUUAUCAGCAUUGCUCAUAGAAUACCAACAGUCAUGGAUUGUGACAGGGUUUUAGUCAUUGAUGCAGGCUAUGCAAAGGAAUAUGACAAGCCAUCGCGUUUGCUAGAAAGGCAUUCACUUUUUGGAGCAUUGGUUAAGGAGUACUCUAAUAGAUCAGCUGAACUAGAGGCUUAGAUUCUAACAAGGACCCAGUUGAUGCACUCAGUUUCCAUCCAACACACAGCACCAAAGUCAAAAGACAUGAGUCGAUGGGUCUAUUGAGAGAUCAAUAUUUUUGAGCAUUAGUUUUGAUGUUUUACUCUUUCAGUAGUUUAAUAAUUAGACUAGGACAAUAGGAAGGAAAUUUUAAAAUUUUUUACUAAUAAAAAAUCAAGUUUGGCUGCAAUUGUUACUAUUUUAUAAAAAAAAAUAAAAAAUCUGUCUGCUGUGUGUA